UAGCUGAUGCAGAAUGACGCACAUUUUUUCUUUAUUUCUUCUGGCAUGCUCUUUUGUCACUGCGGCAUUGACUACGGCUGAUGCUUUCGGUCAUCCAGGAAUCAAGGAAACUUGUAUCCUCAGUGGGAGGUGUGCUGCCAAGUAUGACGCAGUUGCAGAUGACGAGGAUGACAUUGAAGACCAAGGUGGCUUCUACUACAGAAAAAACCAAAUCAGUGUGGAAAUAUUUCAGAGAUGUGGCAGCAGGAUUUGUGAAAGCCAUAGAGCCAAGGUUUACACGACUGGAUACAACCACGGCUACCAUAAAAAGUACUGUCGACCAUCGCCAAGUUACAGAAAUCGUGGUACCUUCACUUGCUACUUCCAUAGCGAGGAGAACACCCUUGUCGUAUACUGGCCGACUUACAAACGGAAAUUUGUUAUAAAGAAUGUGAAUAAUGGAAUGCACCUCAAAGUGCUCUUGCCAAGAUAUCGUUAUGUCAAGAAAUACUGCUAUCAGCUUCCUUCCUGUGUACCUAAUUACCCAAAGACUAUAGUUAUUACAGAAAAAAUUCAAGGUAAAAGUUGCCCUAGUGGACGGCUGCGGUUUCCUGUUGGCUCAACCCAAGAUUUAACAAAAAGGUCUCUAGAUGGAAGAUUAAACAACCCGAAAGCAAUAUUCAAUGGUGCAGUUGGGGAAAAUAUGUUGCGGCUAUCUGGCAAUGGCUAUGCUGAUAAAAUAUCAGAGCUAUCUGGAUCAUGCACUGCACAACAGAAAGCAGGAAGCACGUGUCCUUUUCCAAAGGAAAAUAAUGGAACCGGUUCAAAUAGACCAAACCCUCGUGUUGUUAGCAACGUACUCAUGAAACAAAAUCGAGAAAUAUUCAGUAGAAGAGGACAGAGCGAUCUAUCUGUGUAUUUUGGACAGCUCCUGGACCACGACGCAGAUCAUACAGCCGAAUUACCACGAGGUUUUCAGCAAAAGAAACCCAAUGACGUGGAAGUGCCUAUAUCAGUUCCCAAGGGAGAUGUGAUAUUUGACCCUGAUUCCACUGGCAACAAGUCUAUCCCUGUCAGACGUUCCAGAUUCGAUACAUGCACUGGCAGUGAUAAAUGCAGAUGUCCCCGAGAACACAUUAAUGAUAUAUCAGCGGUUAUCGAUGCAAAUACUGUUUACGGCCAGGAUAAAAACCGCCUCAACAAGCUAAGACUUCUCAAAGACGGCCUAAUGAAGAUGGAUAACGGCAACCUGCCGCUAAAUACUUUUGGUCUACCAAAUGCAAACGCCAUCGGACGUGACCCAACAAGGCUCAGAAUCGCAGGUGACAACCGCGCCAACGUUGCACCUACCCUCCUUGCGCUGCACACGCUGUUUGUAAGAGAACAUAACAGAAUAGCAAGACUUUACAAGAAGCGACAUCCAAAGGCAUCUGAUGAAGAAAUCUUCCAACAUGCAAGAAAAAUUGUAAUUGCCGAGAUGCAAGCAAUCACUCUAAGGGAAUAUGCACCAUCCAUUAUUGGCAGAAAGCUUCCGCAAUACAAAGGGUUCAACCCUAAAGUAAACAGUGGCAUCGCGACAGAGUUUUCACAUGCUGCCUUCAGGUUUGGACAUACACAGAUCAGUGGAACAGUUUUCCGUUUCGACAAAAACAACAAAAUUUCACCUUACGGCCAUUUUGCACUGCGCGAAGGCUUUUUUCGGCCUGAAAGAGUAACCGAAGAAGGUGGUAUUGAUCCUGUAUUAAGAGGGGCAGUCAAAAGACCAUCCCAAGAAAUUGAUGUUAAGAUAGUUGAUGAGAUGCGAAACUUCCUGUUUCCCAAGAAUGGUCUUGGGCUGGAUCUAGCCGCUAUUAACAUCCAAAGAGGAAGGGAUGUGGGGAUACCUGACUACAAUACGGUCAGAAAAGCUCUAGGAUUGCCAAAGGUGACAUCAUUCAAGCAAAUUACAAGAAAUAGAAAAGUAGCAACAUCAUUGAAAUCACUUUAUAAAGAUGUAAACAACCUUGAUUUGUGGGUUGGAGGUAUCGCAGAAGAUCAUGUACCAGGAUCUGAGCUAGGCCCAACAUUCGAAAAGAUCUUCGUGGAUCAAAUUUCAAGGAUGCGAGAUGGUGACAGAUUCUGGUAUGAAAGAAUUCUUUCUAGAAAGGAGAUCAACUACGUUAAUAAGCAUACACUGAGCAGAAUCAUACAGUUGAAUACAGGGUAUAAUGAUCCCCCAAGCAAUGUCUUCUUUGCAAGUGACUUCUGCAGAACAGUGGUUGGUCACCAGUGUGUCAAGAAACGGCCUUCGAAGUGCCGAAACCGCUCGUAUCAUAAAUGAAGCAUGACUUACUAAAGAAUGAUAAUCUAAUCAAAAUAACAUCAGCGAAAAGAAACUUCCAAGUAGUUAUGAAGCUAUCUCGAAGUAAUAUAAAUGUUUUCUUUCACAAAUUAUCAUUCAUUUAGCUUUUCUAUUUUUAUAAUAAUAUAUGCUGGUAUAAAAAUCAAGGGUUUUGUAAUUAAAUGGCAGCAUUUAAAUACAAGUUUCGUUGUAAUGCUCUCAUGAAAUGCCCGAAUUAAACAUGAGUUUUUUUGUUCCUUGAAUGGCCUGACCUUCUUCAUCCAAAAGAGCUUUUCUUUAAAUGAGUGAAGCUCUGCAAUAUUCAAAAUGAGGUUGUUUUGUGGCAGAUCUAUGCAGCUAAUUACGUGAUAAAUGAGCCUUCAAAGGUUCCCUUUAACAAGGCUUCUAAAACCCGCAGAGUUUUUAUACGUUGUUUGCUGUCUUUUGUUUUGAGUUUUUAUACGUUGUUAGAAAAACCAAUAAAAAAUCGUUCUCUUUGCAAAAUUUUUUCCGGUAGUAUACUUGGACAAAUAAGCGAAAUUUGUCAAAACGUCCCUCUAACAAGGCCUUCAAAACCCCCAACGUUUUUAUACGU